AUAGAAACAAGGUAAGCAACAAUAUAACAGCAAGUAAAACAUUCUCUUAUCAGGAGAGGAAACAGUCGACAAUGCUCUCGUUUACAGAACGAAUUAGAAUCUACAUUCUCAUGGAGGAACGUAGGCCUAUUAGUCUCCUAAUUCAGGUUGGGCGUCGAUUUUCGAGAGCAAGUCGCCUUUUUCGCAUCAUUGACACGGAAUUUUUGUAAUAUAUGAUACAAAGUGUACAUUCUUGCCAUCGCCAUUUAUUAGCAGAUGCAUUCGAAUUUGAUGCUAAUUACUGGUAUAUCACACGCUAUAGUUGGCGGGUGCGGGCGACUCGUAAAUAAAUUAUCUUCAGCCGGGAUUUUAAGCAUAAUAUUGGCGGGUAUAAACAUCGCAGAAACGGGCCUUUUCCACUUUCGCUUUUUGUCCGCUCUAUUGCGUGUCUGAUGUUUACAGCGGUCCUGGAUGGUGGAUCCGAGGCAGGCUCUGAUUAAUUGCUGAAGCAGCUCGCUCCGACCACAAUAUACCGCGGGAAAUCGUUAAUGAGAUGCUUGAUAUCGGAGUGGAUAGCAAUGUACCGUGUCGGCUGCUUCGUGUUGUAAACAAAAAAAGGACAGGACUUUUGCUGGCAAGAAAGUCAUCAAGCACUUUGAGAAGGUUCGCUACAUCGUCAACAUCAUCCUUCUCUGCUCUGUUAUAUCCGAUCAUUGCCUCAAACUUCGACUAUUUUGUGAUCAAGAGAGCACUGAAAAGCAUAGAUCUCGAAGAGGAAGCGCACAAGGACAGUUGAAUCCGAAUGCGAUCUUCAAAAUCUUCUAUAAACAAUAUUUUCUUUAAAUGAAUCGGAAAUAUUCGUCGCUGCCAAAUUCGAAACUUAAGUUUCGCAUACUCCGCCAUUUCGGAAGAACUAUGGCGCCGAACAAAGGUAAAAACCAUCAGGCAUUUGGUACACAGAAUUUUGCAUUUGAAGAAGAUGACGGGGUUAUUUCUUGCAAGGAUAAAUCGAAACUGGUUCCAGAAGUCAAGAUUCCAAAGUGUCAAAAAAGUUUCAAAGGCAAAGGAGGCAACGUAGGAAUCUUAAACAACGCGGUGGAACUCUUGGUUUCCGCCGCAGAUGACCUCCGAUCUUGCGCGGACUGCAUCAACCGCCAGUUUGACACCACCCACGAAAAGACAACAUUGGUCUCCCAGUCCAGGAUUUUUAAAAUCACACGAUUAACCGAGGCAUUGUUAUUGAUCAAGGAGGUGAUUGAACGGCUGAUGGAGAGUCUGAGUGUUCUCGGUCCUGCUAAACCAGAGAAAAUCUUCACGCCAGUUCUGAUAAAUAUGCUUACAAAGGAGUCUACUCAAGUGGAAAGAAUCUCAAAAAAUAUGUCAGCAGACAAAGCCGAAAGCAGGCGACUUGACCACGAUCUACGGGAGAUUCGAACGGUUAUCUUGAGGUUAAUUGAGGCAUUCGAACCGGUGCGACAAGCCGUCUUCCGACCUGACCGCCGGGGCGACCCCGACAACGAUCGCGUUGGGAACAAGACUCGCGAGUAUCUACGGACAUUGGAUAUCUACUGGCAAGGAUUACGGCAGGCGAAAGAGACCCUUCCGAACGAACCGAAUCUUCCUUAUGUUUACGAUGUUGCCAGCCUGGAAAAUGACCGCAAUUCAAGAAAUUUCGGGUAUGAGCCGUUUGAACCGAGGCCCAGAAGAUACUGGCCGGUGUAAAUCAAUGUUUGCAUACGUCUUCCAUCAAUAUUACUAAUAGAUCUUAUCCAUGAUAACACGAAAACAUUUUCGUGGUAUAGAAUUAAGCCUAAACGAAAUGGAUUUGUCGAAGUUAGGACAAAAAUCAUGUGAAUGAAUGAAUGAGUGGUACAGUGUACCGAAUCUUGCAAGCAACGCUACCAUAAUUUUCUGUUUCUGUUUAUGGUAACUCCCCCGGGUAACUCCCGUAGGAACUUGGCAGGACAGCGUUUUGCUGGUAAACGCCAAGCUGGCAGAUAACCAAUUACCUAGAAAAUAUUUUACUUCUAGGUUAAUCAGUCAUAGUGGCUGACGUUAUAGAAAACAGAUAUUACUCUCGGGCCUUUUUUUUCAAAGCGGAGACACUGGCAGAGUUGGGAUUCGAACUCACUACCUUGCGAUUAUGAGUCCAAUUCUCUAACUACUGGACCACACGUCCUGUAGGCAUGCAGUUUCAGACGGAAUCCGAGCUAAAAGCUACUCACAAUCGACGUUAGCGGAACAUAAUUCCUGAUCAUUGGAAGCACCUGACUGGUAGAUCGCAGUUGCGUGCGCCAGUGUAGUCGUCUGCAUCAAAAUGCAUGCCUAAUGGAACAACUGGAACUGGUAUUGCGGUACAAUGUUACACUAUCAAUGGAUCCCUAUCGUGAUUUUCGAACGACGGCAGUCUUGUAAAGCCAAAACACAUUUUAUCUCACCUUCACCACAGAAGCUGGAAAGGAGUUUUCACAUUCUUGAAUUCUGAACAUAGUUACUGACUGUCUCUAAGUUAUUAUUAGGACGUUUCUGGAUUAUACCUAGGAAAGAUGGGCGCAUGCUCUACAUAAUGAAAUGAGUCAGAAGAGGUAUUGAACCUAGCGAAUAUUCCACUAGGUGAUAUAUAGCUGGUACAUAGUUAGGUCAGGAUGUAAUUGAUGGGUCUAUCACCGUUUUUGUUGUUCUGUUUUGGCCUUGUAAGUAUAAACAUUAUAAUCUAAAAUGAACAAUGUGAUGACUAUUGUGCCUUUGGUUAUAUGAAUAUUUCAAGAGAGCAUUUGAUAUUUGAGCUGAAUGGGUGUAAAUACUGACAGAUGUGGGUUUGUUUUCAAUACCUCUAAUUACUGGCGUAAUGUUUGUUCGCAGAUUCGAAUAUGUUCAAAGAAAAUAGAAAUGAUGAAAAAAAUUAUACUUCAGAAUUAGGGGGAAACAACCAAAUUCAGCAUUAUGUAUGUUAAGAAAAAAACUCAAACCCAAUAAUGACAUUUUCAUGAAAGACGACCGAAUCGAGGUAAAUUAUACCGUUUAGUAAUGAAGGUGAUGUCGUCUAUGGUUUAGGGUAUAGUCGCAGAGUCAGUGCCUCGCAGAUAGAUAAUUUGAAUCCUUUCCAUUACAUCUAUGUCGCAUUUGUCGUCAAAUCAAUUGUAAAUGUAUCGCAUGACUUUCCACAUGCAACACUCUUAAAUUCAUCUCCAUUCUAAGGUCUACCCACUGAUAUAAAAUGUUUCUUUGAAUGACAAAUCGCUAGAUACUACAGUCACACCAACGAAACCGAUUCCAAAUCGACCGAUAUCAAUGGAAAUAACUUUAUACUCUUGGUCGGUCUGGUGUCCAUUUUCCCGUGUUAUUGUGGCAUGCCUUUGGCUACUAUGUCUUGUUCUUGAUUUCUGAAAGUGCCGAAUAAAAUAGUAAUAAUAAUAAAAUGGAGGCAUAUUCAAUAUGCAACAUUGUCCCUUAUAUAUGUAUAACAUCAUAUACAUAGAAUCGAUACCACAGUGUUACGUAAUAACCGAAUAUAUACAUUUGUGCAUAUAGGUAGUUGUAUUGUGUCAAAACAUUCCUCGAAAGUAGUGGGUUGAUAUUUUAUUAUUUCUUUGUAAUUUAAAAGGAAAGAGUGGCAGUGAGUUAGCCAUGUCGUGAUGUGUUAUAAUGUGGGACAUCGUUUGGUAUUGUGUAGGGGUGACACAUUACACGUCACGGCGCUGUCGAUUCACGUGUUACCUGUAGCAAAUCCCCUGUUGCAAGUGGUAAUAACAUGUGUGUGUGAGACACGGUACACAUCGCCUGUUGCAAUCAGUGAUGGUAACGCGUGAAUGACAUGUUGCUGAUCACCACUGGUGAUAUGGUAGCGGUAUAUCCAUCGUGGGUGAUGAAUACCGUCUGAAAGCGUCUUUGAUGUUUCAGAAUCAAGUGAUCUACGAUUUGCUCUCUUUCAAUGCCAUGUGUCUUCUGGCAGUAACUCGUCUAUUGUUAAAGUGGAAAAUCAUCAAGUUAAGGAGAUUCCGAUAGAAAACAGUAUUUUCUACAGCAGGCAACCAGGGGCCCGUUUCAUAAAGGACUGGAACUACAUGUUGUAACUUUGCCAUUAUGGCAACUAUACCAUGGAAACCUUGAUUAUGAUUGGCUGCUGAGCCCUGUUACAAUGGUAGUUGCCAUUAUGGAAAAGUUACAACAGUUGUAAGUCCUUUAUGAAACGGGCCCCAGGGCUAUCAAUUUUCAUAAAUUUGGUGCAAGUGAUUUAAACUUUAAAAAAGACUACUGCAUUGUAAAUUAUAGACAAACUGAAUAGAAACGGGUGUAAGGUAAUUCAUAUAUCAAAUCAAGAGUAUUAUUGUAAAGUCAUUUUGGUAAUGGUUAUUGAAAUAGAAUAUUGGUCCAGAUAAUACAAUUGACGUCAAAAAGAUUUUGUUAAAUUUAUACUUUAUAUUCAUGACAUUGGACAGAUGUAGUAGGGGAGAGGGAGAGAGAGAAAGAGGAGAUAUGGAGAGAGAGAGACACUCACACAAUAAAGAGAAGGGGGAGAGAGGGGAGGGGGGUAAGGUGUGUGGGAGAAAUGAGAACAAUUACCUGGGUAGGGGAGGAGGAGAACAAGAGAAAGAAGAACAAGAAGAAGGAUUUUUGACAUCAAUUCAAAAUCUCGGAAUUAAUGUAAACUGCCAAUGCCAAUUUCCAACUAACAACGGUAUCAAUCUAACAAAAGAAGCAAUUCAGCAUUCUCGAUAUCCUCCAUGUUCCGAAUACUGACAUUAAUAUUUUUAAGUAAGAGAAAUCACGUCAGGUCCUCUCAUAACAGCAUAAGAAAUCCAUUUCAUAUAGAGGGCAGUAUUACAGAAAAGGGAGUCAUGCUAAAUUGACAUGAUUUAGAAAGAUGUAUUUCGCUUGGGCAAUAUUAUGAAAACUCGCAGAAAGCUGAAAAUUAAUCGUUGGAACCAAUGUUUGUUGUUGUGUCAAUUCUUGUGAUCAUUUUUAUAUAGGUGAUAGAAGAAACCGAUAGAAAAAACCCCAAGAAAACAAGAAGUUUAGGAGGGGGAAACAAAGAAAAAAAGAGGAAACAGAGGUAAAUAAGGGAAUGUAAAUGGUGGAGAGUAGUAAACUGAAAAGGUUAGGAGAGCUACUGAGGGAUGCAGGGAGAUAUAUAGAUAUAUAACGUCGAUAUUCAGAUAGAUAGAUCUAGACAAAGAC